AUGUGGCUCACACAAUUAUUGUGGGAUUCAAGUGUGAUGGUGACAGUGAGUGGUUCUCGUACUGAAGUGGGAAGUGUCGAGUCCGGAAGGACAGACGGGAGUGAGCCGCGGACGCGUGAUGCUGGCGAGUUCGGGGUCCAAUUACUGAAGGAAGUGAAGCUGAAUAUGCUGGAUUUCGUUACCGUGGUGAACCGUCGGUGGAGGUCGAUUAAGGACGCUGCUCAUUCAUCGUGGCCAGACCCAGGGAAAUCGGAUGAAAUCCGAGCACUGACGACUGAUGUUCAUGAAUCUCGACAAGAUCUCAAUCGCGAAAUCCAGGACGUCGUGCAGUGGAUGAGGACCUACUCGUCUUCGUCUGUACCACUUGCAGCACCGAAUAUUCGGCUUCCACAAUUCGAAUCCGGCAGCAAUGAGUUGCCGCAGCUCUUGAGAGGGAUCAAAUUGUUCAUGCGGCAGCUUGUGGUGGUCGUGCGGCGUUAUCGUCGGUCUCUUUGUGCUGCCAGAGACUAA